AUGCGGCUGUCCGCGCGCGUGGCGACCCUCCGCCUCCUGCUCCUCCUCCUCGGCUGCGUCCUGCUCCUCUGCCCGCUGAGCGCGGGCUGCGGCCCGGGACGGGGACACGGCAAGAGGCGGCCUCCCAGGAAGCUCACGCCGCUCGCCUACAAGCAGUUCAGCCCCAACGUGGCCGAGAAGACCCUGGGCGCGAGCGGCAGGUACGAGGGCAAGAUCACCCGCAACUCGGAGAGGUUCAAGGAGCUCACGCCCAACUACAACCCGGACAUCAUCUUCAAGGAUGAGGAGAACACAGGUGCGGACCGCCUCAUGACUCAGCGCUGCAAGGACAAGCUGAACUCGCUGGCCAUCUCGGUCAUGAACCUGUGGCCAGGAGUGAAGCUGCGCGUCACCGAGGGCUGGGAUGAAGACGGUCACCACUCCGAGGAGUCUCUGCACUAUGAGGGCCGUGCGGUCGACAUCACCACCUCCGACCGGGACCGCAACAAGUACGCCAUGCUGGCCCGGCUGGCCGUGGAGGCGGGAUUCGACUGGGUGUACUACGAGUCCAAGGCCCAUGUGCACUGCAGCGUCAAGUCAGAGCAUUCCGUUGCAGCCAAGACGGGGGGCUGCUUCCCAGGUGGGGCGUGGGUCAUCACGGAGGGCGGGGGCACCAAGGCCAUUCGAGACCUCCGCCCUGGGGAGCGAGUGCUCGCCUCCUCUGAGAGCGGCGGCAGCGGAGAGCUGGUCUUCAGCGAGGUCCUCACCUUCCUGGACCGGGACCCCGCAGUCAGGAAGCAUUUCUACACCAUCGGAACUGACGAAGGGGUCAGCCUGUCCCUCACCGCAGCCCACCUGCUCUUUGUCUCCGAGGGGAACUGCUCCGGGGGGCCGACGGCUGGGGGGCUGCGUGCGGUGUUUGCCAGUGACGUGCGCCCGGGACAGUGCAUGGUGACCGCGGGGAGCGAGGCAGGAUCCAGGGGGAGCCUGUCACGCGUCGCAUGGGUGCAUCUCACGGAGGACAGGGGCGUGUUCGCACCCCUCACCCGCCACGGCACGGUGGUGGUCAACGGAGUCCUGGCCUCCUGCUACGCAGCCUUGGAUCAUCACCAGCUGGCCCACUGGGCCUUUGGCCCGCUGCGCACCCUGCACCACUGGACCGGGCCCGGUGUCAACCAGGGACAGGGAAUACACUGGUACUCGCGGGUCCUGUACUGGAUUGGAACCCUGCUGCUGGACUCCGAACGGUUCCACCCUUGGGGUGUGGCCGACCCGGAGAGAUGA